AUGUCCUCCAGUGGCACCCUCAGCAACUACUACGUGGACUCGCUCAUAGGCCAUGAGGGCGACGAGGUGUUCGCCGGGCGCUUCGGACCUCCAGGGCCUGGCGCGCAGGGCAGGCCCGCAGGUGUGGCCGACAGCCCGGCCGCCGCCGCCGCCGAGUUCGCCUCGUGUAGUUUUGCCCCCAAAUCGGCUGUGUUCUCCGCCUCGUGGUCCGCGGUGCCCGCCCAGCCCCCGGCGGCGGCGGCGAUGAGCGGCCUUUACCACCCAUACGUGCCCCCGCCGCCCCUGGCCGCUUCCGCCUCCGAGCCCGGCCGCUACAUGCGCUCCUACGGCCCCAGCGGCCCACCCAACGGGCGCCACUACGGGAUUAAGCCUGAAAGCGGAGCGGCACCGACCCCCGCCGCCGCCGCCGCCACCUCCACCUCCUCCACUUCCUCGUCUUCCUCCUCCAAAAGGACUGAGUGCUCCGCGGCCCGAGAGUCCCAGGGGAGCGGCGGCCCCGAGUUCUCGUGCAACUCGUUCCUACGGGACAAGGUGGCAGCGGCGGCGGCUGGGGGAGCCGGGCCCGGGGCGGGGAUCGGAUCCGGGUCCGGGGCAGGCGGCUCAUCGGAGCCCUCGGCUUGCAGCGACCACCCGAGCCCGGGCUGUCCGCUGAAGGAGGAAGAGAAGCAGCAUUCGCAGGCGCCUCAGCAGCAACUUGACCCAAACAACCCCGCAGCAAACUGGAUCCACGCUCGCUCCACCCGGAAAAAGCGCUGUCCUUACACCAAAUACCAGACGCUUGAGCUGGAGAAGGAAUUCCUCUUCAACAUGUACCUCACUCGGGACCGGCGCUAUGAGGUGGCAAGGAUUCUGAACCUCACAGAGAGACAGGUCAAAAUCUGGUUCCAGAAUCGUAGGAUGAAAAUGAAAAAGAUGAGCAAGGAGAAAUGCCCCAAGGGAGACUGACCCGGCGCGGCGCCGGCAGGACCGCUCUGCUUUGCAAUGGCAGUGGGGGAUUUUUUCUUUGUGGGUGCUUGAUUUCCAGAACUUCUCCAGCCAUUCGGACAUUUCCCCCACCCCAUUUUAGGUAGAAGUGACUGUGUGGUUGGUUUCUGUGAGGUAAUUUGGGGGACUCUGUAUUUGCUCGAUUAUGUGUUGGAGAAACCAAGUGGCUUUGGGGUUUUGCCCUAUCCUGCUCCCCUCUUUUCCUGUUCCGUUGAUUCCUUAGGAAAUGGCAUAUUUUGUGAGUGCACGCUGGUUUGAGGAGCCCUCUCCUGUGUAAAUGUCUCCUAUAUUUCUGAAAAGUGCUGUAGUUUAGCCCCGAGCGCUGCUUAGCGCUGCUCAAGCAGGGGCCAAGCGCACCCCGUUUCCAAAAGCGAAGGCAGAGCGACGACAGUGCGGAGGCCCGCUGGGGCCGAGCCCCGGCCGUGUUGCCCACCGGUUAUGAAAAGCCCCUUUUCCUCAGGAAGGCCGCGGGCCCUCCACUGAGAUCUGUAAGGCCGGGAGAGGAGCCCAGGGCCUCCGGUGGGUCAGGGCUUUCUUCUCAGUGCACUGGAGGAGCCGCACUCUCCCUGGGAGGGUUUGGCUUGCGUGGGCGGCCGCGGGUGUAGGCCCUCCCGGUUCCUGCCUGAGGACCAGUUGUAAAUGCUACCGCUUCCUACCAAUAAAUGCUGACCUGAUCAAAUGGAGUCCA